AAAGCAGGGACUUCGGAUUCCUUUUUCUUUUCUGGCUGAAGAAGAGAGAGAGAGAGAGAAGAGGUUUGCAUCCCUGAGAUCGGCGGCGGAGUUAUACGACCGUCUUUCUUCACGGAGACGAAGAGGCAGCGAUGAUUGUCUCUGUUUCUUCGUUUUCUCUCUCCGAUCUGGUCUCUCUGAGCCGGUGAAGAAGAAGAAGAAUAAGCUCCCCCCGCCGAUCGAAUCUCGCAUCUCCUUCUUUGCUCAAAAGAGAUUUCUUUUCUUCGUUUGAUCCCAUCCAGUUAUUGGGUAAUGCUGUAAAAGCGAUGUCCUUUAAAAGCAUUCUUCGUGAUCUGAAGGAAGUGAGGGAUGGGCUUGGAGGGAUCUCUAAGCGAACCUGGUCAAAGUCUUCUCACAUUGCUCCUGAUCAUACGGUGACACUGUCGGAAAACAUCCCGCAGAGCCCUUGGGCUUCUUUACCUCCUGAGUUGCUCCAUGAGAUUAUCAGGAGGGUUGAAGAGAGUGAGACAGCUUGGCCCUCUCGAGCAGCCGUUGUCUCUUGUGCUUCCGUCUGUAAAUCAUGGAGAGGAAUCACAAUGGAGAUUGUGAGAAUCCCUGAGCAGUCUGGGAAACUCACUUUCCCUAUCUCAUUGAAACAGCCGGGUCCGCGUGACCUUCCUAUUCAAUGUUUUAUUAAGAGGAACAGAGCAACCGCUACAUACAUUCUCUACUAUGGCUUGAUGCCUUCUGAGACGGAGAACGACAAGCUGUUGUUAGCAGCAAGAAGGGUUAGAAGAGCGACAUGCACUGACUUUGUAAUCUCUCUUUCUGCCAAAAACUUCUCACGAAGAAGCAGCACUUAUGUUGGCAAGCUAAGGUCUGGUUUUCUAGGAACGAAGUUCACAAUAUGUGACAACCAAACAGCAUCAUCCACUGCACAAGCCCAACCUAAGCAAGCAUCUCCUAAGUUACCUGCUACUAGCCAUACCUCAGGAACCAUAACCUAUGAGCUCAAUGUUCUUCGCACAAGGGGACCUAGAAGAAUGCAUUGCGUUAUGGACUCUAUACCACUCUCUUCUGUUAUCUCUGAACCAUCACUAGUUAAAGAAGAAGUAUCUUCCUUGACUUCACCAAUAGGCGAAACCAGCUCAAGAGACAAAGAGACACCUGGUAUCUCUCCAAGCUUGUUGGAUCAGCCGCUGGUUCUCAAAAACAAAUCCCCAAGAUGGCACGAGCAGUUACAGUGCUGGUGCCUCAACUUCAAGGGGAGAGUGACCGUUGCUUCGGUUAAGAACUUCCAGCUUGUGGCAGACAUUGACCCUUCUUUAGAUGCGCUACCUGAAGAACACGAGAGAGUGAUCUUACAGUUUGGCAAAAUCGGCAAGGACAUUUUCACCAUGGAUUAUCGUUAUCCUCUCUCUGCUUUUCAAGCUUUUGCUAUAUGCAUCAGCAGCUUUGACACCAAACCUGCUUGUGAAGGGUAAAGUUAACUGCAGGGUAAGAUCCAUCUCUGCAAAAGGCUUUUCUGAUUUUCAGAUCAAGCCAGGAAAAAAGCUUAUUUUGUAUGUAGCAGCUCUUUGAACUAUGCUUUAAAACCGCCUCUCCUAAUUCACUGUGACGAAAACUUGAUGGGGAUGUCGGUGGAUAAGCUUUUAAUGAAGUUAUGAUUGUUAUAUUCAACGUAAUAUGUAAAACAGAAAGCAUUACACAACAACAUAUGAUCGAUCAUUCACAAUCAAACUUUCUCAUCUCUGCGUGGAAUAAGUAAGAAAUUCAACUGAAGUAAACUGAAAUGGUUGGCGCGGGUUAGGGAUCCUGCAAUCGAAAAGAUUAAAGAGUCAUGCGAAGGGCAA